ACACACACACACCCUGCAGCCAAACAGCGCGUAGAUCCAGUUUCAACAGGUAGGGCAGCAUUCGCGGACGGCGGUUGAGGCGACCGUUUAACCGAUAGACAAAAGGCACAAAGGGGCCAGAAGGCGCCGUUUGACUGGCAAAUCAGCUGCUUUGUGUAGUAAUGGGGGCAGUGGGGCAGGUGAGGUGUGACCCACUGAGACACCACCAUAAACCAGCGGCUUAUUCGCUUUGUAAAAGGAUCUUUUCCAUCCUCUGCCCCCCGGUUCUUCUGGACCCGCCACACGCUGCACUGCGAACCUGGACCUUAUUUAAAUGUUUCAACCGGGUCGCUGGACAGAGAUGAAAGCUACAGCUGAGCACGUGUGGGCUGGACUGGAUCUGGGUUUCGAGGUUGAAAUUUAAUCUCACCGCUUUCCUUGUAAGACAAAGUUCAGGCGGACGAGCAGUAAACACCGUUCGGCGCUGGCCCGGUUUCUGUCCAGACGCCGGGUCCUGGCGUUUGCUCAAGGGCUGCUCCGUGAAUCAUUAAGGGCACAACAAAGGACGGCUCCUCUCGCCUGCGAGGCCGCUGGGAACGUGAAACCGCUCGUCGCUCAGCUGCUUGCUGUUUACUUAGUGCCGGUAACAGGAUCUCGACAUUAAAAAGGAAAGAGCGUCUUACGCAGGCCGGUCCAAGGCUGAACAUGGAGCAGACGCCGCAGAUUUGGCACGUCCAGGACAAGAAGGUGUCUGUGGUGAGCCAGCCCGAGUGCUCCAUCUGCUACAACACCUACGACAACGUCUUCAAGACGCCCAAGCUGCUGGAGUGCACGCACACCUUCUGCCUGGAGUGCCUGUCGCGCCUCAUGGCGCUGGCGCCGGCCGACCCGGAGGGCGCCGACGCCGGCGCCGGCGCCGGCCCCUCCCUCUCCUGCCCCUUCUGCCGCCACCUGACCGUCCUGCCCAAGGAGGGGCCCCCGGCGCUGGCCACCAGCCGCGAGCUCCUGGGCAAGCUGCCGCGCCACCAGCAGCAGGAGCAGCCGGUGUGGCUGGAGGGCGAGAAGCUGUGCUACAAGAGCGCGGGGCGCGGGCCGGGCGGCGCCGGCGCCGUCAGCAGCCCCGCGCCCUUCUGCAUCUGCAUCGACAUCGGCUCCAGCAAGUCGCUGGACGCGCCCAUCCAGACGCGGGGCCGCGCGCACGGCCUGCUGGGGCGCCUGUCGCACUGGAAGAGGGUGCUGGUGUUCGUGGUGCUCAUGCUGCUGCUGAUCGUGGUGGUGCUGUGGCCGCUGCAGUGCGUGUUCAGCACCGGGAACCUGCGCUGUAUGCACCCAUCGCAACCCGCCCCCACCACCGCCGCCUCCCCCGCCACUAUAACUGGACUACAAGGCUGAGUGUAGUGAACUUGACCAGACAGGCGACCGUGUUAAGGAGUGAACAACAGGAAUAAGUUAAUUUUUCAACCCUACAAUGUUCUUACACAAACAGUAUGUGGUUACUGGACUGGGUCCAUCGAAGCAGGAUCCACCUGAUGAAGGGACAUGGACUCUGACAGACACUGUGGCUUAUUUAUCUGAAACAUGGACAGAAGCAACGCUUUUGCACUUUAAUUAACUUCAAUCAACUGUCAGUGUAAAAUUGGUCGUUCUGGUUUGCUUGAAUAGUUUGGAGAUGAUCAGAUAACACACGUCAGUGGUUUGAUUCAGGACAGUCUAAUCUUUUAUUUGACUGAGUACAUAUCACGUGUUUCUGUUAAUUCUUGGUAACGACGCCUUACCAGUAUCUAACAAACAACAGAUCAGUUCAGAUUGACUGGUAACAGGUCUGUGAUAAUAGAAUAAAUGAUGUGCCCGUGUGCCAACAGGAAACGCUUGUUGUGUUUGGCUUUGUUUACAGGCCUAAUAAAAUGUCAAUCAUCA